AUGACGGCAUUUUUUCCCAGUGUUUCCAACUGGAUUCAAGAUGCAAAGCAGGAGGAGGAAGAGACUGGCUGGAAAUUAGUCCCCAGACCAAGAGGUGAAGAGACCGAAAGUCAGGGAAAAUGCCAAUGUGAAAUAUCAGAGACCUCCUUCACUAAUGUGGACAAGCUGAGAACUCACACACUUUCUCAUACUGAGCAGAGACCGUACAACUGCCCUCAGCUGCACUGUGGCAAAGCCUUUGCUUCUAAGUACAAGCUAUAUAGGCAUAUGGCCACGCACUCUGCUCAGAAGCCUCAUCAGUGUAUGUACUGCGAGAAGAUGUUUCACCGGAAAGAUCACCUUCGCAACCACCUGCAGACCCAUGAUCCCAACAAGGAGGCCCUCCACUGUCCUGAGUGUGGCAAGAACUACAACACGAAACUUGGCUUCAGGCGACAUCUGGCCAUGCACGCAGCUGCCAGCGGUGAUCUCAGCUGCAAGGUAUGCCUCCAGACGUUUGAAAGUACCCAAGUCCUCCUGGAGCACCUCAAAGCUCAUUCUAGGCGGGCUUCUGGUGGAGCGAAGGAAAAGAAGCAUCCGUGUGACCACUGUGACAGGCGCUUCUACACCCGGAAAGAUGUGCGGAGACACUUGGUAGUGCACACAGGGCGGAAGGACUUCUUGUGCCAGUACUGUGCUCAGAGGUUUGGGCGGAAAGAUCAUCUGACCAGGCACAUGAAGAAAAGCCACUCCCAGGAACUGCUGAAGAUUAAGACAGAGCCAGUUGACAUGUUGGGUCUCCUCAGCUGCAGCUCAUCUGUGUCAGUGAAAGAAGAGCUGAGUCCCGUCCUUUGCAUGGCAUCCAGAGACAUGAUAGGUGGUAAGAGCUUCCCUGGCAUGUUGCCUGUGGGCAUGUACAGCACACAUCUCCAAACCAUGCCAAGCUCAGGGAUGCCCCAUUCUUUGGUUCCUAAUUCUCUUCCAAUGGGAAUGAGCUAUCCUCUGGAGUCUUCUUCUCCCAUCUCCUCCCCACCGCAACCUCCUCCAAAGUAUCAGCUUGGAUCUACCUCAUAUUUGCCUGAGAAACUACCCAAAGUAGAGGUGGACAGCUUUUUGUCAGACUUCCCUGGCAGCCUGUCUCUCUCAUCUGGUGAGCCUCAGUCCUCUUCGCCUCAGCCGCCCCCCCUGGAUGAGGCUUUGCUUUCCAAGAGCCCUGCUAACCUUUCAGAGGCUCUCUGUGCUGCUAACAUGGACUUUUCUCAUCUUCUUGGCUUCCUCCCCCUAAAUCUUCCUCCUUGCAAUCCACCUGUAUCAUCAGGGGGAUUGGUCAUGGGCUACUCGCAGGGGGAGACGCAGCCACUGCUUACCACUUUGCAACAUCAACCUCAAGAAUCUCCUGGAGCUGGGGCCUCGCUGAACUUUGGGCCCCUUCAUUCAUUGCCCCCUGUCUUCACCUCCAGCUUGAGCACAACCACGCUGCCACGUUUCCACCAGGCAUUCCAAUAA